AUAAUUUAGGUUCUUAGUAUCGUAAGAAGCAUAUGCUAAUUCUGCUGCAUGUUUUUGCAGGGUGCCUUUGGAAAAAAUGCGCUAGUUGGCUUUGGUUUAACCACUUAUACAUUGCUUGGACUAGGAGUGCUUGGUGGACCUCUUUCACUUCCUUGGGGGCUUUAUGUUUUGUUAUGUCAGAGGGCACCGGAGAAACCAUGUUUGAAUGAUGUGACAGAAGCUGGAACAUGGAGAAAGGCACUUGUAGCAGUUGCUAUUUUUCUUGUGUCUUGACUCUUGUUCCUGUUGGAGAUGAGCUUGCAGAAGAACUCGGUAUAGGUCUUGUAACUGCAUUUUGAUGCUUAGGCUACACUAAGGCCAUUUUUAAUUAAAAGAGUAGUGAAAAUAUAUAGGUAUAUUAUUACCAAA